AUGUACGAAAUCCGCGCUCCAGAUCUGGUCGAUACAGGAUCUACGCUGGCCAGUAAAGCCGGGACUUUUGCGACCGCUUUUGAGUUCACCGACCGGCCAACCACCCCCACCGCAACUCGACGAGGCCGGGGACACAGCGUAUCGCAGGACCCCGAUCACUGGACUCCAUCUCCUUCAAAGAAAAUGACCACCGGAUAUGCUGUCAGUCCGGAGCCCCCGGCGCUGUUCGUGCGGGCUAUGUACGAUUAUGACGCGGACGACCACACUAGCCUGAGCUUCCGCCGCGGCGACAUUAUACAGGUCCUCAACCAGUUGGAAACCGGGUGGUGGGACGGUGUUAUCGACAACACUCGCGGUUGGUUUCCGAGUAACUAUUGCCAGAUGAUCACCGAGGCCGACGACUUUGGCGAACAUUUGAUACACAGCCAUGAAGAUGCAGACCAUAGCGCAGAGUCGGGACUUGAGGAUGAUUACGGCAACGGACAUGACGAAGAUGAUGAGCUGGACUCGGACGGCAAUCCGCGCGCCUCGAUGCCUGUCCUACCUAUUGAGGGCAUUCCUGCGCCCAAGGAGCAGGAAGAAGCGGCAUUUUGGAUUCCACAGGCAACCCCCGAUGGUCGUCUAUUCUACUUUAAUACUUUGACUGGAUACUCGACCAUGGAAUUGCCAUUCGAGAACCCGGCUACAAGCGAGACUGGACCGAGGGAUCGGACCAACUUCUUCGUCCCUGAUCAGACUCGCCCACCUCCUGAAUUGAUGGCGCGGGGUUUCGAGCGGGACGAGGAUGACUACGAUGGUUCUGCGUCGGAGGCGGAAGGAGAGUCUCUCAUGCUUGCUUCUCAAGAUUCGAUGUCUCGUCGUCGGCAGUCCUUUAUGGAUGGAUUAUCUCCUGCUACCUCGAUGGAUUCAUUGAACCCCCCUGGGUUGAAAGACUUCAAACCCUCACCAAUGAGCAAAAGCCCCCACCCGUCAUUUAGCGCAAGUAGUGCAAACACCUCCGUUGCCGAAAUCUUACCUUCCAGACCGUCCAUUUCCUCCAAUACCCCUUCACAUUUCGUGGACGAUGGCUUCACACCGCCUGUCACAUGGGCCCAACUCGUUGAAAACAUGCGAUAUGCGGUCGAAGUUUAUCGCCAGACCCUUUAUGCAGCGGAACGCUCCGAGUACGUCAGAAAGGCCGAGGAUAUCUCAGAUCAUUUGCGCAUGCUCCUGGCUGCAGGCUCCGAUACCACUGACAAUCACUCCGGGAACCCGUCCAUCAUUUCCACCAAUAAGGCGCUUUAUCCUUACUUCCGUGAUAUGAUGUCCAAGUUUUCCAAGUUGGUGCUUUCGUCGCAUAUUGCAGCUGCCGACUGGCCAGGCUCCGAUUCGGUCAACAAAUGUCUGCAGGAGGCCGAUGGAGUCAUGCAAGGAGUAUAUGGCUAUGUCGACGUCGCUCGUCACCAGCGAGGCGAGCACAUUCCCCGUAUUGUUCCAGGCUUCGUCGGAGGUAGCUCUUGCGGUGGAAGCUGGCAGAACAAUGGUGUCUCAUUAAACUCGUCUGGCCCGACAUCGUUCCUUGUUCCUGAAGGUGGUGAUGCACGUGUCGAGCCUUCGGUCUCUCUCGACACAGCCCUACUCGACCACAUCGAUAUUCUCCGGAGGUCUUUCGUAGGUAGUAUUCGCCGUUUGGAAGAGCAGUUGAGAUCAGAUCGAAAGAUCAUCACGUUUGCUGAACAUGAAGAACUGUCAGAUGCCGUCUCGGCUGCUGCGAUCAAAGUCGUGGAGCAGUUCCGCCCGUGGAUUGCAACGAUUGAGUCUAUCAACCUUGUUCCACUCGGAACUAGCUUCCAGAACCCACAAUUGGUAGAUUUCAGUCUGCAAAAGCAACGCGUUUAUGAUGGCAUUGGUGACUUCAUUUUGAGUUGCCAAGCAGUCUCGGCUCCUCUCGCUGAUGAGUGGGCGGAGCUGCGAGGCGAUUCUCUUGAUGAUCGGAUCACGGCCGUACGAAUGGUGGCCAAACAGCUGGAGAACUUUGUUUCCCAGAUUGGCUUCUCGCUAUCAUUGCUUCUCGAGCAAAUCCCUGAAGAGCCGAUCUCUAUCCUCAGAAGCGAGAGUCGUUUGGACGAGGAGGAUGAAUCGCAGAAGAGCACUCACAGUCGUGGAGACUCCCAAGCUAAGAUUGCCAACGAGUCCAUUGGCAUUCCAUCUUCCUAUGCUCUUGGCAAGGGAGGUGACAAGGUCCGACGCAAUAUGGACAAGGCCCAAAGAUUCUUCGGGCAGGCACCUCCCACAACGGUCACUCGUGAGCCACCGAUGCAAGAGCCAGUCAGAGAGCCUGAAGAGACUCCCUGGUUUUUGAAGAUGGACCACGAGGGCGAAGUCUUCUAUGACACCAAGUCCGACACUCCAAUUUUGAAGUGCGGUACUUUAGCUGGAUUGGUCGAGCACCUUACCCGUCACGACAAGCUUGACGCAUCCUUUAACAACACCUUCCUCCUCACUUACCGCUCCUUUACCACUGCCUCCGAACUGUUUGAAAUGCUGGUGCAACGUUUCAACAUCCAGCCUCCAUUUGGUCUGAGUUCCGAUGACAUGCAAAUGUGGAUCGAUCGCAAACAGAAGCCGAUUCGAUUCCGCGUGGUCAACAUUCUCAAGAGUUGGUUUGACCAUUUCUGGAUGGAGCCCUAUGAUGAAGUGAACAUGGAUCUCUUGCGACGUGUCCAUGCCUUCACCAAGGAUUCUAUCGCUACUACCAAGACACCGGGUGUCCCAACACUGCUUGCUGUUAUUGAUCAGCGUCUACGUGGUCAGGAUAUCACUGCUAAGCGUCUUGUUCCUACACAGAGCACCGCUGCUCCACCUUCCAUCAUCCCGAAGAACAUGAAGAAGCUCAAAUUCCUCGACAUUGAUCCUACAGAAUUCGCUCGGCAGUUGACCAUUAUCGAGUCGCGCCUCUACUCAAAAAUCCGGCCUACAGAGUGUCUGAACAAGACCUGGCAGAAGAAGGUUGGCCCUGAUGAGCCAGAGCCGGCUGCCAAUGUGAAGGCCUUGAUUCUACACUCAAAUCAGCUGACAAAUUGGGUCGCCGAAAUGAUCUUGACACAAAAUGAUGUCAAGAAGCGUGUGGUUGUUAUCAAGCACUUCGUCAAUGUCGCUGAGAAGUGUCGCACUCUCAAUAAUUACUCUACCCUUACUUCUAUCAUCUCCGCUCUUGGGACUGCACCCAUUCAUCGGCUGGGCCGAACUUGGGGCCAGGUCAGUGGCCGCACCUCUGCAAUUUUGGAGCAGAUGCGUCGACUCAUGGCUAGCACCAAGAACUUUGGCGAGUACCGUGAGACUCUACACCUUGCGAACCCUCCUUGUAUCCCAUUCUUUGGUGUCUAUCUGACGGAUUUGACCUUCAUUGAGGAUGGUAUUCCCUCCCUCACCCCCUCCGAGUUGAUUAACUUCAACAAGCGGGCCAAGACUGCCGAAGUCAUCCGCGACAUUCAGCAGUAUCAGAACGUUCCCUAUCUUCUCCAACCUGUCGGCGAACUCCAAGACUACAUCUUAAGUAACCUUCAAGCCGCGGGCGAUGUUCACGACAUGUACGACCGAAGUCUCGAGAUCGAGCCCCGGGAGCGUGAGGAUGAAAAGAUUGCAAGGUAUGCAGCAGAAAUUUCCGGGAACAAGGGUUCCAUGCUCUUUGCAAGCACCGUCGCAAUUUUGCGAUGA